UUAUGUCUCCCGGCUGGCCUGGGAACGCCUCGGGACCCCCCGGGAGGAGCUGGACGAAGUGGCUGGGGAGAGGAAAGUCUGGGCUUCCCUGUUUAGGCUGCUGCCCCCGCGACCCGACCUUGGAUAAGCGGAAGAAGAUGGAUGGAUGGUCUCCAUUCUAUACCUACCCCUUCAUCUCUGAUGGAAUGAACAUAUUUUCUGUAAAUAAUCCAUCUGAUGAGCUGAAGUUGGUUGAGGUGUCAGCGCUGCGACAGAAAUGUGUAGCCUUGCCGUACAGGGAUGGUUUCGUGGCCAUACCCCUCCUUCACUAAAUGAAACAAAAAAACUACAAAAAAAAGUUCAAGUUCAAAUCAAUUAAAAGAAUCAGUUAGGAGUUCAAAUUGGUUCAAUUAAUCAGUUUAAACAAUCAGUUCAAGUUACAAACUCUAAUACUAUAGUUGACUACCGACUUCUGACUAUGACUUCCAGUACUCUGGAUGAAGAAUAGCUGUAAGUAUUAUACAAAAGUUGGUAUUAUUCCAUGUAUACACUACACCCAUAAUUUCAAACCCUACUUUACGAUUGAGCUGAAGUUCUGACUAUUAUGACCUGUACUUUUACCUUUCUUAAAGUUCUUACCACCUUGGGGCACCAUUCAGGUAAAAUCUCAGCUCAUCUUACUUGCUUAUUUGUAUACAGUAACACCUGUGCAUGCUUUUGUCCACGUUGUUCUUUUGACGAUGAAUAAAUAUUAAGGAUGCCUUUUCAUCUGAUUAAAUUUAUAAUGAACAGGGACAUUGCGGUUGUCCCAAGUGGAUGGUAUGAUGAUGGGAUGUUUUUUUGGCCCAGCUAUAAAAACACCGACAGAAUUAAAAGGGCCACUUUAAAUGAGGAGCAGCAUGAGCCAAACUGGCCAAGAUUUGACGUUUCUGUUGUCCGAACUUGUGGUAUGCAAAUUCAUAAAUUUCUUGUUUAAAAAUAACGUCAUAGUUGCUUCUCUUUCUGCUUGGAAUUACCUAUUCUGUCUAUGUUCUGACCAGGUCUCUUGUAAGAGAGAGACCUGAUUUAUCAUCAUCAAUAAUAAUAAUAUUCUGUUCAGCUCUACAGCUAAUUUGAAACUCAUGUUCAUUUUAACAUAUUCAAUUUUAGACAACUACAAAGACGCAUUAAAAAUAAUGCAACAAUAUUGAAAGGGCUGCGACACCUCAGACCUGCAAUCUGAGGCUGAGAAUGAGGAGCUGCCAGAAAAAAGGAGCAGGAAGCCAGUGUAAGGGUGUUCCGUCUUGUUUUUGUCAUGUUUCUACAGUAAUAGGAAGGUUAUUUCCGGUAACAUUCAAAAAUCGACCAGAGAUGCUUGUACUAUAUGUAUAUUUGGCAAUUUUGGUAUUGCAAUAAUCCUAAUGAUAUGGUUACCCAACAGCCAUUGUCUCUGGGACUCGGAUGAUAGCGAAGAACACCCGGGAAAUAGUGACCUCGCAUCUCUGGGGUCGGCAAGCCAAUUGCACAGGCAGACUCCACCGUCUCGCCGAGUGCCAGCAAGAGUCAUGAGUACUUGUCAACUCGACUCCUCAACUGGAGAUAACUUUCUAGCACCUCACCAUGGGGAAGGACGCAUUCAUAUGCCUUCACCAGCACCUGCAUUAAACAUGCAGAGAGUUACACAAGGAACGGCAGUCCCUCCUCAACUCCCUCCACCCCCCUCACCAGCAGCCCUCAACAUGUGGCAGACAGAGGAGCCUGGAUCCAGCCUGGCCUACAGGCCAACAUGGCGAGGGGGAAGAAUGGCCAACAACAUUUCCUGCUCUGCGCCUGAGGUAAUCCAGAUCCUUAGCCUGCUGGAACAUAUGAAGCACAACCAAGACCAGCUGAUUGCGAAGGUAAACUUCUUAACCAGCAGGUCGCCCAUUAACCCAGGGCCAGAAGUUGAAAUGCCGGCCAAUAUCCAGUUUCCACUGGAACAGUUGGAGGCAGUGGAGGCAUUUGAGGCAUUUUUGAUUGACCCAUCAAAUGGCCCAGCUCGACAAAGAGUGGUGAGGUUUCUUCCUAAUAUGAAUGGUGCCAUUAGGUUUAUUGAUUGUCCAUGAUUAUGCAAAUAUUCUAUUGAAUCAGCCCUGACAAUCAGGCCUGUCCUGAACCGCCUUUUCCCAGUGGUAAGAUUAUGUCAGUGAGCCACAAUCGGCCUGGUUUGACAUCAUGUGUAAAGGUAGCAAAGGUCCAUGAGCCAAGAGAACAGGUUCUGUUUUUUUACAUUUCUGGACGCUUUCAACAGGAACAUAAACAUUUUAAAUGCAACUUAAGCUUACCUGUUUGUUUAAAGAGAUGUCUUUGCCUUUUAGAUUUCUUCUUUGGCCACCGUUGGAGGCCAGGAUGUGGAGCGGGUGACCUGGAACAUCCUGGGCAGGAUGUUCACAGAUGACGUUUCACAUCGGAUCAAUUGGAAGGGCAUUAACAACAAAAAGGCCUUUAGCAGGA